AUGUGGUCUUACGCCGUGGUGCUGGCUGCGGUGGCCAGCAGUCAGCUCGUCGCGGCCGAAAUCGACCGGCGAAGGUUCUCCAACCCUACCUACUAUAAUGUCGGUGGCGUCCUCUCUAGCAACGAGUCAGUUGCUUUCUUCAAGGAUACCAUUUCUAACCUCAACUUCAAAGAUAAAUACGUACCAAAAGGAGUGACUUAUCACGACUAUUCUAUUCUCAUGGACCCUAAUCCGAUAAAGACAGCUUUGAACGUUUGCAAGGACCUUAUAGCGCACAGGGUAUAUGCGGUCGUUGUAUCUCAUCCAUUGACUGGGGAUCUGUCUCCAGCUGCAGUUUCCUACACAAGCGGUUUCUAUCACAUCCCAGUCAUCGGUAUAUCGUCACGGGAUUCUGCUUUUUCCGAUAAGAACAUACACGUGUCAUUUUUGCGUACUGUACCUCCCUAUUCGCAUCAGGCAGAUGUAUGGGUGGACGUGUUGAAAUAUUUCAAUUAUAUGAAGGUCAUCAUAAUCCACAGUUCCGACACCGACGGCCGGGCUAUCCUCGGCAGGUUCCAAACUACUUCGCAAAGCGUCGAUGAAGAUGUAGACCGUAAGGUUGUAGUGGAACAAGUAAUUGAAUUCGAACCUGGACUGGAUUCGUUUACUAACAAACUUAUGGAGGUGAAAAACGCACAAGCAAGAGUUUUUUUAAUGUAUGCCAGUAAAACAGACGCGGAAAUAAUUUUUCGAGACGCGACUUUCUUGAACAUGACCACGGCUGGUUACGUAUGGAUGGUCACUGAACAAGCCUUGGACGCUGCUAAUGCACCAGAAGGACUUCUGGGAUUACGUCUCGUCAACGCAACUAAUGAACACGCUCAUAUUCAAGAUUCUAUUUACGUUCUGGCGUCUGCAAUCCGUGAUAUGAACACUUCUGAGGAGAUCCACGCACCACCUUCAGACUGUGAUAACUCUGGAUCCAUUUGGACAACAGGAAGGCUGCUGUUUGAUUACAUCCGAAAGCAGAGCUUGGAGAAUGGGGCCACAGGCCACGUGGCUUUCGAUGACCAUGGAGACAGGGUCCAUGCUGAAUACGACAUGGUGAACGUUAGAGCUCAAGGAGAACAUGUGGCUGUAGGAAAAUACUUCUAUUCUAAGGAUACUCAAAAAAUGAGAUUAGAACUAAAAGAAAGCGAGAUCAUUUGGAUGGGUCGGAGUCCUUCGAAACCAGAAGGGUUUAUGAUACCAACGCACCUAAAGGUGCUAACGAUAGAAGAAACACCUUUCGUCUAUGCGCGGAAAGUUGAAAUAGAAGCUGAAUGUACACCGAAUGAGAUUCCCUGUCCUCAUUACAACACAAGUGACGCGACUGAUACGUUGUACUGCUGCAAAGGAUUCUGUAUGGACCUCUUGAGGCAUUUAUCGAAAGCUAUCAACUUUACGUACUCAUUGGCUCUGUCACCUGAUGGUCAGUUUGGGAACUUCGUCGUUCGGAAUCUAUCUAUGCCUGGAUCGAAGAAAGAAUGGACUGGACUUAUAGGGGAAUUGGUCUAUGAACGAGCAGACAUGAUCGUAGCACCAUUGACAAUCAACCCAGAAAGGGCAGAAUUUAUAGAAUUCAGCAAACCGUUUAAGUAUCAAGGCAUUACGAUUCUGGAAAAAAAGCCAUCGCGAUCUUCCACUCUAGUAUCAUUCUUGCAACCAUUUUCCAACACUCUCUGGAUACUGGUGAUGGUUUCAGUCCAUGUCGUGGCGCUGGUCUUGUACUUAUUGGACAGGUUCUCCCCAUUUGGAAGAUUCAAGCUUGCUAACAUCGAUGGUACUGAAGAGGAUGCGCUAAAUCUUUCUAGUGCGAUUUGGUUUGCUUGGGGAGUGCUGUUGAAUAGCGGUAUUGGAGAAGGAACUCCCCGCAGUUUCUCAGCUCGCGUUUUGGGCAUGGUAUGGGCUGGAUUCGCAAUGAUCAUUGUUGCCUCCUACACUGCUAAUCUGGCAGCUUUCCUCGUGUUGGAGCGACCAAAGACCAAACUUACCGGUAUCAACGAUGCAAGAUUACGGAACACGAUGGAAAACCUGACCUGCGCGACGGUGAAGGGUUCCGCUGUGGACAUGUACUUCAGACGGCAGGUGGAACUUUCCAACAUGUACCGCACCAUGGAGGCGAAUAACUACGAUAACGCUGAGCAAGCCAUCGAGGACGUCAAGAAUGGCAAAUUGAUGGCAUUCAUCUGGGACUCUUCGCGACUGGAGUUCGAGGCUGCGCAGGAUUGCGAGCUGGUAACAGCGGGGGAAUUAUUUGGCCGCUCCGGCUAUGGCAUUGGCUUGCAGAAGGGAUCACCCUGGGCGGACCUUGUCACGCUCGCGAUUCUUGACUUCCACGAAAGUGGUAUAAUGGAAUCUCUGGACAACUUGUGGAUUUUACGAAACAAUCUGCUAAACUGUGAGGAGAAUGAAAAGACACCCAACACUCUGGGGUUAAAGAACAUGGCCGGCGUGUUCAUUCUAGUACUCGCCGGCAUCAUCGGCGGGAUUGUGUUGAUUGUCAUUGAAGUCGUGUACAAGCGGCACCAGAUCAAGAAACAGAAGCGAAUGGAGAUUGCGCGCCAUGCAGCGGACCGGUGGCGAGGCGCAGUAGAGAAGCGGAAAUCGAUGCGUGCUUCGAUCCUGCCCUCGCAGCGGCGUGCCAAGUCGAAUGGAGUCAAAGAGGCAGGGAGCAUCAGCCUAGCUGUGGACCGCGGCGCGCGUCGAAGAGACGAGCCCCGAGUCCCCCGCUACCUCCCGGCUUACACCCCCGACGUAUCUCACCUUGUCGUCUAAGCAUAAACGCUCAAGCAAAAGCUAACAUAACAUUUUUGUAACGCAUAUUGAACAUGAAUUACGUGUGCCUCUCACAGGGGCGACUUAGUCGACUAAUGAUUACUAUCAUAGAGGCCUAUUCUGGAAUGGCUGGUUCUCGAAAGGGCAAAUUCUUUAACAUACUCCUGUGAGAAGCGAUACGUGAAGGCUCAGAUAAUUGUAUGGAAUUUUUGUUAGCACUGCCUAUAAAACGAUAAACAAGUGCCAAAAUAUGCCGUAGAUAAAUUUUAAUAUCGAAGGCCUACACAAACUUAUAACACCACAUUUUAAGCAAUUAUGUAUAUUUCUGUAGGUAAUGGUUUAGAUACUGAGACCUGAGUAUAAAUUUGUCAUCCUUGAAAAGUACCGCGUUUGCGUUAAGAUCUUUAUUUGGAUCUUCAUUAUUAUAUUUAUAAGGUUUAAAUUAAAAUCUUAACGCAAACCGCGAUAGUUAAGUUUACAUAUUUGAAAACUUAUACUAAGGUCGCCGAAUCGCCGUGGCGUAGAUAAUUCGAUAGUUUUUGUAUUGAAUAGACCACUAUACGUGGGGUUAGUUAGCUAGAUUAGAUAUCGAUAGAUGUAGUUGCGAUAGUUAUUUGCAAAUGAGAUUUGAACCUUCACUUACCCAACACAAAUGUGGUAAGUAUUACAGAUGUUUCUUUGGUCACGUGAUAAUUUUUUUGCCUGUUUCAAUCAAGUGCGAUAAUUAAGUUGAAAAACCUGUCUGGCUUCUAAAUUGUUUAAAAUGUUGCACAGCCAAUAAAACAACGAUUACAUCACAUCUAAAGCUAAAGGGAUAAAUAGAGUUUCAGAUCGAGUUCUU